AUGGGCUUUCCGACCCAUGGAUUUGUUGUUUGCAAAUUCACUUUUCUUUUUGCUUUUUUAGUGGCCGGAGAGGGGCGACUCAAGGGUUUUGGUAGAUUUAAUGAAAUACACCGACAUGCGUCGGACGAGCAAUGGUUCAUGCAGAAACUAGAUCACUUCAAUGGAGCAGACGACAGAAUGUGGAAGCAGAGGUACUUUGUAAACGAUGCCUUCUACAAGCCGGGUGGGCCUGUGUUUCUUAUGAUCGGUGGUGAGGGUCCAGCCAAUCCAGCUUGGAUGCAACAUGGUACCUGGCUCACUUAUGCAGAGAAACUUGGAGCAAUUUGCUUCAUGUUAGAGCACCGCUUUUAUGGAAAGAGUCAUCCAACAGUUGACCUGAGCACGGAGAACUUGCGGUACCUCAGUAGCCGACAGGCUUUGGCUGACCUGGCCCACUUCCGCACUGUAAUAGCUGAGACCCAAGGACUGGCCAACAUGAAGUGGGUGGCAUUUGGGGGGUCGUACCCAGGUUCUUUAGCAGCUUGGUUUAGGCUGAAGUAUCCUCAUCUGGUGCAUGCCUCUGCAGCUACCAGCGCACCUAUUCACGCGACAGUCAACUUUCCAGAGUACCUGGAAGUUGUGGGACGCUCUUUGGCUUCCGAGGACACACAGUGUCCUCUACUGGUAAAAAAGGCUUCAGACACCUUAAUAGAGCGACUCAAAGAUCCCUCAACCUAUGACAACAUCACCAAAGACUUUAACUUAUGUUCCAAACUGCAGAUUCAGACAGAGACAGAUUCUGCCUACUUCCUGGAAAUACUUGCUGGUAACUUCAUGGAUGUGGUCCAGUAUAAUGAAGAUAACAGGGGCUUUGAGGGUAUAGUUGGCACCAAUAUCACAAUCAAGGUGCUCUGUGCGGUGAUGGCAGACACAUCACUUGGAGACCCAUAUGCCCGAUAUGUUGCUGUGGCCCAACUCAUGAUGGACACAUUUUCAAUGAAAUGCCUGGACGCGAGCUUCAACAACAAUCUGAGAGACAUGACUAAUACAUCCUGGGAAGGGCCAGCCGCAGAGGGAGGGAGACAGUGGGUCUAUCAGACCUGCACUGAAUUUGGAUUUUAUCAAAGCACUGAUUCGCCAAACCAGCCAUUUGCUGGCUUCCCUCUGGAGUAUCAUGUGAAACAGUGUGCAGACUAUUACAAUGUCAGUGCUGAGCAACUUGCAAAGGCUGUGGCUGAAACCAACGAAUAUUACGGCAGCUAUGACAUCCACUCCACCAGAAUCAUUUUCCCUAAUGGGUCCAUUGACCCCUGGCAUGCACUGGGAAUCACUCAAGACAUUAAGGCUGAACUUCCAGCCGUCUUCAUUAAAGGAACAGCCCACUGUGCCAACAUGUACCCUGCCAGCUCCGAGGAUCUCCUCCAGCUAACGCUUGCCCGAGAUCAAAUCUUCUUACAUCUGCAACAAUGGUUAAAGCAAUAA